UGCCUGAAACAUUUUUUUCUCCAAUCUGUGACUAACUUAGCCUGUUUGCUACUAACUCUUCGAAUGUGUGCGUGAGACCACUCAGCUGUUAGUUGUAUAAGUACAUGACAGGAGAUAUUCUGAUCAUAACAAUUCGCGCGGCGUAUCUUGUCAAAACGAAACGACUUGUUAUAUCCAUCGUGCGAUCGAGUUUAGUCUCGUGACAGCUAACUACGAAAAGUUAUGCGCUUGUAAAAAAAUGAGGAUUGUAUUUGGAACUUGAUUGCAUAUAAAAAUGGGAAAUUGUCUAAAACGCGCGGGAGGCAGUCAGCAGGACAAUACCACUUUGCUCAGCAGCAAUCCCGAUCCUUCAAUGAUUGGAAGUUCGUCACAAGAUGCACUCGGACCUCAAAUACCUUAUAAUGAAAUUAUGGGAUCUUAUUAUCCUGUAACAGCGACAAGAGAACAUCGUUUACAGUCCAAUUUAAAUGUCUCACGUGGAAUUGGAGUUGGACUUAAUUUAGGACUUGGCGUUACAUCUGGUAGUAUAAGCGAAGAAGAACAGCAGGUACGAAUUGCAAAGCGUAUAGGACUCAUACAACAUUUGCCCAUGCGACAAUACGAUGGAACAAAGAAAGGAGAAUGUGUAAUAUGCAUGAUGGAGCUUAUGGUAGGAGAAGAAGUUCGUUAUCUACCUUGUAUGCAUACUUAUCAUGCAGUGUGUAUCGACGAUUGGUUACUCCGUUCACUCACUUGUCCAUCAUGCAUGGAACCUGUAGAUGCUGCUCUCAUUAGUUCGUAUCAUCCUACAACUUAAUAUUACAAAAAAUAUACUGGAGUAGUUGAUCGGAAAUCCGAUUAAACUACAUUAAGCAAAGUGACUUGAAGAAUUGCUAAUUUUAUCAUUACAUACAAAUGCUUGAUUAUGGAAGGACUAUUCGAGUUAAAAGCUAAUUAUAUUUACUACUGUAUAUGAUAUAUAUGCGCCUGUGCUAAUUGAUAAGAAUAUUCAUACAGUGAAAUAUUUCAAUUGCAAGUAUCCUUUACAUGAUACUUUCUUGUUACAAAUGAAAUAUUCUAUUUGAGCUGAAAAAAGGAAGAUGUUUUAUUCCUCUGAUAGAAGCGUAAUACCAACAUGAUCUCUCAUAAAUUAUCAUGUAUGUAUUAUUUUGUAGGAAUAUAAUAUAUUCUUAUUAUUUUUUUGGCCUGAGUAAAUUUAAAUCAAGCAUAUAAGUAAUAUGGAAAUACAAUUUAAUUAUGUAGACAUAGAUCUACGUCAUGUUAAAGUAGUCGAAACAUGGUAGGAAAGUGUAUACAAUUGUGGUAAACAUAAACAAUAGGGGACUAUAUAAUAAAUAUAAUUAAUUAAUAUCUUUUUUUUUCAAAAUGUUAUCUUUAUUUUUUCAUUACUUCUUAUGUAAUUGCAACUUUUCUUAAGAAGUAUUCACAUAUAAAUAACUUAAUUUUGAGAAAAAUGAAAGCAUAAAUUUUAUAGAUUCUAAUUUACUUUUAAUUUGUUGCAUAAUCCCCGAUUGUUGAAAAGUAUGCAGUAACUCAUUUGUAUUUCAUUCUUAUUCAAGCAUAAUCAGACUUUUAAUCAGGAUUGAUUGUUAGGCUUCUGAAGAAUUAGUUCUUUAAAUAUGAAAUGCAUAAUGUGAUCUAGUAAAUUAUAAGUGUAAAGGUGCAGAACAUCGAUGGAAUCUAUAUUUUCAUAAUGAACUUGACUUGUAAGCAUUUUAAUCAUUUUAUUAACUUGAAAUCUUGGGUGCAUUUUUUUUCUUAUAUUUCAUAAGAAUAUUGAUGAUUACACUAUUAUGUAAUGAAGCAUUACAAAAUUCAUACAAUUGCACAUUGCAUUGCAUCCACAUUGUUAAUGCUUCCUUUAACAAAGAUAAAACUGAAAUCGAUAUAAUAGUUAUUAUAUCUUUAACUUUUAUUAAUGGUUUAUUGUCUCAAACUUGUUACUGCAACUAUAAUUAUUUUAAUACUCUGCAUUAUAUAAGGUAGCUGCAAAUUAACAUUCACGAAGAACUAUAUAAAUUAAAUUUCGUAAUAUCAAGAAAAUACAUAUGGUUGCGGUGAUUAUUUUUCUAUUGUUGAAUUUGAGAUUUAGAUUUACAUAAUACACAUUUUAUAGAAUAUCUUUUAGCUUCAAGACAAAUCAAACAAUUACAAAAAUAUGUGUAUUUACAUAAAGUGAUCAAUGGAACACCUAGGCUUGACUAUAAAUUGAAUAGAUUUGUUAAAUCAUCUUUUACAUUAAUGAUAAGUCAAAGAACAGGUAAAUAAUCUAUUUCUUACACCAAUAUAUAGUAUGAAGAUUUGCUGUCCAGAAAAAUAUGGCUAAGAUGGACAUGAAAAUAUAAUUUUAAUAUUUUAUGACAGCUUAAUAUGUAAUACCGCUAAGUUUUUGUUUAAAUGGGAAUAUGAAGCUGUGAAUUAGUGAUUUAAUGAUAUAAAAAUAUACGUAUAGUGAUUUAAUACAAAUAUAAAUAUUUAGUAACAAA